AGUUGUGGACGGGAUUGAAGACAACGGGGGGACAUCGGAGCCGCAAACCUUCUGCUUCAACACGGACCCCCUGCUGCAGAGCACAGCGAGGGGCUCCCCCACCUCAGGUACCUCCGGCAGCUGCCGGGCAUGGCCAAGGGCGCCGGCCGUGGGGCUGGGGGGCUCGGGGAGCCCUCUGCCACCAGCCAUGCCUUCCCCGGCAGGGACCGGCGCUGGCGGCACAGCCCUGGCGAUGGAGACAGAGGAGAUAAAGCAGAACAUCAGGAGGCUCAACCAGGAGAUCAACCAGCUCAACCAGGAGGUUUCCCAGCUCAGCCGGGAGCUGCAGCGCAUGAUGGAGCUGCUCCAGGGCCCCCCCGGUGCCCCGCAGCCCCCCGCCUACCCCUGCCGCCUGCCCGCGGCUGCCUCGCCGCCCCCCCGGCCCCCUGUCCCGGUGCCCCCCUGCUCCGGCAGCUCCCCCUCCACCAGCCCCCGGGCCAAAUGCUGCCCGGUCCGCAGCCGCUCGGCCCGCGCCGCUGCCAGCCCCGCCAUGCACCCCUGGGUGGGCACCGGGGGGCCGUGCUCGCUGCGGGGGGACACCCCCAGCCCUGAUCCCCGCCCGGCCUCGGACUCGCAGCCCCUCUCGCUGCCGCCGCGCUCUGCCCGCACCUUCCCCGGCUGCUCGGCCGGCGGCCAGCCUUGUGCCCCCCCACAGCCCCGCACC